AAUUUUUUUAGAAUUUGACAAUAUUUUUCAGGUAGAUAUGAAGAUCAAUAUUUGCCUGGUGGUUCUAAAACUGCUCCUGGUGGCAUCAGAACGACAACUGCCAGGAGCCCAACCUUCAACCCGGAUACAAGGACCCAGACAAGAGAGAGGGAACAGGAUGGUUCCAGAUUUUAAACCAUUCAAUCAUCCCGCAGGAAAGGUAGAAACAAGUGCGAUGAGAGGAACCGGUCCGAUCUCAAGUGUACAGUGGCUAGAACUUGUUCCUGUCUUCGGCAGUAUCUACUCGCCACCACGAGCCAACUUGGAAAAGGGAGCAACUGACCGCAAAACCAGCAAUCUUUUGUUGCCAAUUUUAGGCUUGGGCAGUGGAGCUUUGAUCCUUUUAGGAUACUUCUUGAAGAAACCAUCAGAGAAAAUAGUAAAAGAGACUCAGAGCACUUUGAAGGAAGAGAGGUUGAUUAGAAACGAUCUAAAGACUGGAAAAGAAGACAAAAUAGUUCUUAUAAAUUCAUUUGCAAGUCAGAAAACAGCCAUUGGUGAAAAUAAAGAACAGAAAAUACCCAAAGAAGAAAAAGAUAAAGCUGAGGUGAAUGUAAAAGACCUGAAGAAGCAAGAAAAAUGUGAAAUAAAGAACACUCUCAUUGAUAAACCGUUUUACAACGAAAUCACAACAGUGGAAUCAAAACAUCUGAUAUCCUCAAAAUCAACUCAUGAUGAAACAAAGGAAUCAAUCCAAGAGAAACCCCAGUCUGAUCGACCCAAUGCAGAGCUGCCUUACUCCAAAAUAAAGAUGGAACCUACUCAACUAAAAAAGUCCGAUAGAGUAAAAAUUGUCUAUGCAAGCCAAGAAGAAGAAAAACAACAACAGUUUGAUACUAAAGUUAAAUCUUUUAAAAUGACCAAGGCGCCAGCACAACAUAAAUGUGAUAUAUCAGAUCAUGGAAUUCUAACAGAGGUUUUAAAAAUCCUUGAGGUUGUUCAGCUACAGAGAACAGAAAAACUGAACAUAAGUGUUCAAACCGCCCUCGCAGAUCUGAAUAUCGAGGGAGCUAAUAUUUCAAGGUUACGAAUAACGGAUGUUGCGGAGAAGGAUGAAGUUCAAUAUAUUUCACAAACAAGAACCAUUAAGGAGUAUAUGGUUGCUGUUGCAAACAAGAAAAUUGAAGAAGCAAUGAGACAAGUUAAAGAAGACUGCAGCAUUCAGAAUAUAAAGAAUCUUGCUGAUACAAUAAGAAAAUAUCGCCCUGAUCCAACUCAGCAAUCUACUGGAAUAUGAGACAAUAAGAAAAUAUCGCCCUGAUCCAACUCAGCAAUCUACUGGAAUAUGAGACAAUAAGAAAAUAUCGCCCUGAUCCAACUCAGCAAUCUACUGGAAUAUAACGAACCACGGUCGCCCAUAAACUUGAAUUUUCUGAGUCCAAAACUAAAAAAAACGAAAAUGUGAAGCUUAAAUGUUAGGUUUUAGCUUGAAUGCCUUUUGUGACUUACCUUUAGAACUUUGAUAUUUAGCUUAAAUAUUUAUCACACCGAAAUUGACGAGUUACAUAUCUGAACCCAGUCACAGUCUCUCACAAUGCUUGCGUAAUCAUACAACCAAUUUUUACAUUUUUAAACUGUCAAAAGGUUUAAAGGAAUUGAGUCUUUGCCACAAACUCUUCAGUUUCAUAGAUAUAGGGAUUAGAAAAUGAAAAAGUGUGCCAACGACUCAGAUCCUUUUGGUUUAAGACUGGCCCUUCAGUUUGAUCAUUCUCUGCUGAAUAAAACGUUUAUCUUAACUAA